UGGAUAGUUUCAACAAGUGCUGGAAGGGACCAAGAAUCAGAGGUCAUUUCACUUGAUAGCUGUAAGGGUACAUUCGAUACAGCUCAGAAAAACACAACUAUAUCCAUGGCAUCGACGUCAGCUGCAUCGGAAUUUCAUUGUAUCGAUAUUAAUGAUACUCAUCUUUGUGUUUUAAAUCGCUAUGAAAACUUAAGGAUUAUAGGUUCGGGCGCUCAAGGUGUUGUCUGUGCAGCACACGAUAAAUUGCGAGAUGAGCAAGUGGCGAUCAAAAAGCUUAGUCGGCCUUUUCAAAAUGUUACACAUGCUAAACGUGCCUACAGAGAAUUCAAAUUAAUGAAUCUGGUGCACCAUAAAAAUAUUAUCGGUUUAUUGAAUGCUUUUACUCCACAAAAAACUUUGGAUGAAUUUUCUGAUUUGUAUAUUGUGAUGGAAUUGAUGGAUGCAAAUUUAUGUCAAGUAAUACAAAUGGAUUUGGAUCACGAACGAAUAUCUUAUCUUUUAUAUCAGAUGCUUUGUGGUAUUAGGCAUUUACACGCAGCGGGUAUUAUCCAUCGUGAUCUCAAGCCUAGCAAUAUUGUAGUUAAAAGUGAUUGUAGCUUGAAGAUUCUUGAUUUUGGCCUGGCGAGGAGUGCUGGAGAUUCAUUUAUGAUGACGCCUUACGUUGUGACUAGGUACUAUCGUGCGCCUGAAGUAAUUCUGGGUAUGGGAUAUAAAGAGAAUGUUGAUAUUUGGUCUUUGGGAUGUAUUCUUGGUGAAAUGGUUCGUGGAAAUGUUUUAUAUCCGGGAAGUGAUCACAUUGAUCAAUGGACGAAAAUAGUGGAGCAACUAGGAACACCAUCACCCGAAUUUAUGCAACGACUUCAGCCAACUGUGCGAAAUUAUAUCGAAAAUCGACCUCAUUUUCGUGGCUUCUCAUUUGAAAAGCUUUUUCCAGAUGUACUAUUUCCUGUCUCUAUUGAUAUAUGGUCGAUUGGCUGUAUAUUUGGUGAAUUGAUUCGUGGUAGAGUACUCUUCCCAGGCACAGAUCAUAUUGAUCAGUGGUCGAAAAUAACCGAACAGUUAGGAACACCAGGGCGUGAAUUUAUGCAAAGACUACAGCCAACUGUGAAAAGUUAUGUGGAGAAUCGACCUCGACAUUCUGGAUUUCCCUUCGAAACUCUUUUUAGUGAUGAUAUGUUUCCAAGUCCUGCGAAUAAUAAUAAUCUUCGACGUAAGUCCACCGUGAAAUUUGAUAUGGAAGCUAGGGAUCAUAAACUUUCAGCUUCUCAGGCCCGAGAUUUGCUUUCUAAAAUGUUGGUAAUCGAUCCGGAAAAGAGAAUAUCCGUGGAUGAUGCCUUAAAACAUCCAUACGUCAAUGUAUGGUUCGAUGAAGCCGAGGUAUAUGCUCCUCCUCCAGAACAGUAUAACCAUAGUAUUGAUUCCAAAGAACAUACUGUAGAGCAGUGGAAGGAGUUGAUAUUCAAAGAGAUUAUGCUAUACGAAAAAACGCAUGAUAUAUAUGGAGUAAAAAAAAUGUACAAUUCUGAAAUAUCUACGCAAAUCGAUUCAGUUGCGGACUCGACAUUAGGUAGUACCAGAGUAACGAAUGGUCUAUGA